AUGAAAUUCCCUGUAAUUGUCUGCAUCCAGGAGUGCUGUGGAGCAAUUUUCACCAUGUAGAAGGAAUUGUUACAUGUAUCUGGUAGUGCUGAGCAGUGUUUCAUUGACGCAAAACCAAAAAUGAGUGGAGUGGAAACACCCUAUCGCCGAAUCUCUGACUUCAAAGAGGAUAAAAAUGCUGGAGCACUCAAUAAAGUCAGUAUGAGAGCCGUGGUGACAGGAGGUGGUGGCUAUUGUGGAUACAAGCUGGGAUGUGCUCUCGCCAACAUAGGAGCUUCUGUUGUUCUGUGUGACAUACACAAGCCUUUGUGGGUGAUUCCCACUGGAGUAGUGUGGAGCCAGACAGAUAUCAGGGAUUACAGUGCCAUACUGGCAGCCUGUGAAGGGGCUGACUGUGUGUUUCACGUAGCUUCAUAUGGAAUGUCAGGAACAGAGCAGUUGCAUAAAAAAGAGAUUGAAACUGUAAACAUUAAUGGAACAAGAUUCAUCCUUAAUGCAUGCAAACAACAAAACAUCCCUCGGCUGGUCUACACCAGCUCUGUGAAUGUGGUGUUUGGAGGGCUUCCUAUUGAAGACGGGGAUGAGGAAUCUUUGCCAUAUUUCCCAAUUGACAAGCUCGUUGAUCAUUAUUCCAGAACCAAAUCAAUUGCAGAACAAAUGGUACUAGCAGCUAAUGGAUCUUCACUAGAAGGAGGUGGAAUACUCUAUACGUGUGUUCUUCGCCCACCAGGAAUCUAUGGACCAGAAGAGCAGAGACACUUGCCAAGGCUAGCAAAAAUUAUUGAGAGAAGGCUACUUAGCUUCAAUUUUGCGGACCCUAGUGUUAAAAUGAACUGGAUACAUGUAGAAAAUUUUGUACAAGCUCAUAUUCUAGCUGCUGAAGCUCUCACCCCUGAAAAGAACUACAUAGCUAGUGGCCAGGUGUACUUCAUUCAUGAUGGAGAAAAAUCCAACCUUUUUGAAUGGCUAACUCCACUUUUUGAAAGAUUAGGUUGCAGUAAGCCAUGGAUACAUAUUCCUACUUGCUUAGUCUAUGCAUCAGCCACAUUCAUGGAACAUCUUCAUGCGAUUCUGAGACCAGUUGUUGAUCUGCCCCCACUGCUGACCAGAAAUGAGGUACAGAACAUUUCUGUAACUCACACAUUUCGAAUAGACAAGGCACGAGCUCAGCUGGGGUACCGCCCACUGAAGUAUGACUUUGCUGAUUCUGUGGACCACUACAUAAAAUCCAGACAACAACCCUCUAAUUACCAACUCUUCUUCAAUGUUUUCCUUACUUUAAUUGUUAUUUUAAUUUUGUUGCUUCUUUCUUUAAAACUUUUUAGCCUUUCAGUUUUGUAUUUUUUAAAAGAAAGACGACACUGA